AUGUGUGGAAAUAAAAACUCUGGUCCUUGUGCAAUCAAGAGUUGUGAUAAUAAUAAAAAUCCUAAAGAUGAUGAUAAUCAAAUUCUAUUUUAUGAAUUAGUUCAAUUAAGCUUAUGGGGUAACGCCACUGAUCUGUCACUACUUACAAAUCUUACUCACGAUGAUAUUUCAAAUUUACAAAAUUCUGACUCAAAAAAUCUUGAAAAAUAUAUUUUGGAUAACAAUUUGAAAGAGGCUUGGAAUAAAAUUUCAAAUCAUCAAAAUAUGAGAAUUGAUUUUAUUUUAGAUAAUGCAGGGUUUGAAUUAUAUGGAGACUUGAUAUUUGCUGAUUGGUUGAUUCAAUCAGGCCAUGCCUCUGAAAUUCAUCUUCAUGUAAAAAAAAUUCCAUGGUUUGUGUCAGACACAACUGAAUUCGAUUUCAAAUGGUUAUUGAAUGUACUUAAAGAUAGCCAUUUCUUCUCAUCGCAUUCAACAAGUGUUGAAGAAAAUAAUCAUAAUUAUCUUCAAUCUUUAACAGAGUUGUCAAAUAGAUGGGAAGAUUAUUUGAAAAAACAAAUCUGGGUAAUUAAAUCUGAUUGGUUUUGGACAUCACCGUAUUCUUAUUGGCAUAUUAAAGAAAUUGCUCCUGAUUUAUUUAAUGAUUUGAAAAAUUCAUCUUUAAUUAUCUUCAAAGGAGAUUUAAAUUAUAGAAAAUUGGUAUAUGAUUGUAAAUGGCCAACUACAACAUCAUUCAAAGAAGCUAUUGGUCCUUUAGCUAAUGAAAUCGGUGUGCCAUCAAUUCUAGCAUUACGGACUUCUAAAGCUGAUGUUAUUGUUGGUUUACCUGAUGGAUUGGAAGAACAUUUAAAUAAUACUGAGAAAGAUUGGAUGUAUUCUGGUAAAUAUGCCGUUAUACAAUUCAAUGAAGGAACCAAAUAA